ACAUGAGCAACCUGGAAUGUAGAGACAGUAAGUUACAUGGCCAAAUUCACAAGGAGUUGGAAAAGAGUGGACUCCUGACUUUGGCAAAUGCCUUUUCUAUUUAUUGAACUAAAGCUUCCUUAUUUUCAUUUAAUAUUUCUUAAGCACUCAAAAAUGGGAGUUCAAAAAUACAGUCUAUGACGAAUGGUUUGGCUGGAACUCAAGUUGUUUGGGGGGAUGUAGAAUAGUGGUAUCAGAUUGGAAAGGCAAUUGGGAGCCAUUGACUCUUCUUGAACAGUGGAGUACCGUAAUAAAGUAUAUGGUACUGGAUAUUCAAUCAGGCAGAAAUAAAUAUACUCGAAAAAUGAGUAAGAUUAGAAGUCUAGAUGAUAUUUAAUAAUGGCCUAAAGUAAAGUAGUAAAAACUGAAGAGGAAGUGAAUUUGAGAGCUGUUGUAGAAAUAGAUUUCCAGGAAAUGGUGCCUAAGAACAGUGUAUUGAGAGAGAGUGAUCAAAAUGAUUUCUAAGUUUCAUUCUUGAGUGCCUAAAACAUUGGGAAAAACAAGACAGGCUUAUUUGGUGGGGGAACUAAUUUUGGGUGCUCUGGUUGAAAUCUCAGCAGGACAUCUAGGUCUUGUAGUUGUGUGACAGCUGGCAAAUUGUAGAUGGAAAAGGGAGCUUGGGGAUGAAUUUAUGGCUGGUGACAGGCAGAGAAAUCAUUUGUGUAGAGGGAAUAAUUGAUGCCAUAUCACACUCAGGUACCUUCACUGGCCUCAGAAAGUAUCAUAGUAACUGUGUGUGCCUUAGACUGAGCAGUCACAGUAAGAGAGGGCACUUUAGAUUCAGGAGCCUAGCCUCAAGCAAUGCAACAUGAUUGGUAGGAAAGCACAGGUUAUUUUAAUAGCAUGAGAAAAAAGUUAGUAAAGUUGUAUACUCCCUAUGUGAUAAAUAUUGGGAAGUCUCCUUUAUUUUACAACAAUCCCAUGAAAUAGGUAGUAUGAUCCUCAUUUUACAGAUGAUAAAACUGAGUCUGAGAGAGGCUAAGUAAUAUUAGAGCUAGGAUUUGAACUAAGUGAGUGUUCAGUCCACUGGUCCUUUUACUAUGCCACACUUUUGCCAUGUUUUCCAAUAAGACUUGUCCAAAAUGGCUAUCAGGCUUCUUCUCAAUAAGUUUUUUAGUUUCUUGCCUUUGUAUAAGUGUAGUGCUUCAGAUCUUGAAAUGUAAUUAAUUGAGUUCUGGUUAUGGCUCCCCAUUUGCCUGCAAUGAGAAAGCAUGUGUGUGAAACAAAUAAAAAAUGCAAAUUGGAUCACAUAACAUAUAUCUCCACUCAGGUAUGCAUACCUUCUGGAAUGCUUUCAAGUACCAACUUUUGUUUAUUUUCUUUUACUCUGCUGGGUCUGUGGAACUUUAUUGAGAAGGAUGAAUUGAAAAUCCAGAGACACUUGGAGGAAAAGAUACUAAAAAUACACAUUUUCUAAUUAGCUGAAAUUUGUCAUCAUUCAUAACAUUACCAGAAGAGCCACAAUAAAAUCUCACUUUGCAUUGUUUUAAGUAGGCACAAACAAUAUUGUGUAUUCUGAGAUACAAAGACUAAUUUAUACCAUGAAACUUCCUCUAAUUUUCAAGCCUGGUAGAAACAGUACCUUUACUUUUCCAUCUUUUGUUAUAUGUUUGUGUACUGUGUCUCAGCAAACUAGAAGCAAGAUGAGGAAUCUUGAAACUAAGGUAGUGUAAAAUACAGGAAUAAUAAAAUUCCUCUUUUGUGUGUACACGAGGGUAAAAUUCUCUUGAUUUUUAAGUUUGCUUGUUAUUUUGGUCAUCUUUCUUAAUAUUGGUCAAUAUCCAGUGAAUCAUGAGAGAAAAUUAAUGCUGAAUAUUUAGCCUUUUAUCUAGAACUUCUUGUGUUGCUGAAUUGAUUCCUCAGUUGCCUUGCACUCUUAACACACUUUCAUUCUUUAACAUUGCUCUUCGUUCCUUGGGAAAAUGCUACAAGGAAAUAGGAAUUUUCUCUCAGCGUUACCCCUCUGGCAGUGUGUUUCAAUUUAAAUCCCCGGGCUGGCUCUCUGUUCGGGUUACUACCCCUUCUCCUUACUAGGAGUUUGAGUUAUGUUCCUCUACCAAAAGGGGGGAUUCCAGAUAGACGAGGAAACAGCUUUGAAACACUGCACUGCAGGCGUGUUCAGUUAUUCCCCCACUGUGCAGUCUGGAAAUCGGGGAGUGCCUCUCUGGUGAUGAAUCCGAAUGAGCUGCUGAAGAUGCCAGAGUGUGUGCCUGCACAGGCAUUUUCUUUCCCCUCCCCCACUGCUUCCCUUUCCCAAGCCCCCUCUCUCCCCAGUUCCCCUCCUACUCCUUUAUCCCCUCCCUCCGCGUCUCAGUUCUGCAGUAAACCAGGCUGAGGCACAUUCCUGCUUUGCAAGGCUUUCUGUUAAGGAUGUUUUGUGGCUUUUGUUUGGAUUGCAGCAUGCAGAAUUACAGCUGUUCAGAGGAGACUCAUUACAACUCCUGCUGAAGCUCCUAAUUUUCUUCCCUUCUCUUCUGCCCCUACUCCCUACCCUCAUUGGCCUGAAGACAUUGUACCCAGAAUUUGCUUUACUCCCCUGGCACUAUGUGUAUGGUAAACCUGAUACUAUGGCCGCGUCUGGGACUGGCCAGACGACGGCUGCUGGCUCUCCCUAUUCCAAGGAUUUAAAGGGGGAUUGUACUGCAGGCAAUGCAUCAGAGCAGCACCAUCGUGAGCCUGGGGACUGAGGCUCCUUGGGCAUUAUUACAAACACACAGAGCUGACCGCAAUGACAGCAGCUGCUCCUUUGAACUGUUGGCAGCGGCCAAGCGGCAGCAUGAAGUGAGAGAUUACUCCUGAGCUCAAGAUGAACUCCACCUUGGAUGGUAAUCAGAGCAACCACCCUUUUUGUCUCUUGGCAUUUGGCUAUUUGGAAACUGUCGAUUUUUGCCUUUUGGAAGUGUUGAUUAUUGUGUUUCUAACUGUAUUGAUUAUUUCUGGCAACAUCAUUGUGAUUUUUGUAUUUCACUGUGCUCCUUUGUUGAACCACCACACUACAAGUUAUUUUAUCCAGACUAUGGCAUAUGCUGACCUGUUGGUUGGAGUGAGCUGCCUGGUUCCUUCUUUAUCACUCCUCCACUACCCGCUUCCAGUAGAGGAGUCCUUGACUUGCCAGGUGUUUGGUUUUAUAGUAUCAGUUCUGAAGAGUGUCUCCAUGACCUCUCUGGCCUGUAUCAGCAUCGAUAGAUAUAUUGCCAUCACUAAACCUUUAACCUAUAACACCCUGGUUACACCCUGGAGACUACGCCUGUGUAUUUUCCUGAUUUGGUUAUAUUCCAUCCUGGUCUUUCUGCCUUCCUUUUUCCACUGGGGCAAACCUGGAUAUCAUGGAGAUGUGUUUCAGUGGUGUGCAGAGUCCUGGCGCACCGACCCCUACUUCACCCUGUUCAUCGUGAUGAUGUUAUAUGCCCCAGCAGCCCUCAUUGUGUGCUUCACUUAUUUCAACAUUUUCCGCAUCUGCCAACAGCACACAAAGGAAAUCAGCGAAAGGCAAGCUCGCUUCAGCAGCCAGAGUGGGGAGACUGGGGAGAUGCAGGCCUGUCCGGACAAGCGCUAUGCCAUGGUUCUGUUCCGGAUUACUAGUGUGUUUUACAUCCUCUGGUUGCCAUACAUCGUCUACUUCUUGUUGGAGAGCUCCACUGGCCACAGCAACCGCUUCGCAUCCUUCUUGACCACCUGGCUUGCCAUUAGUAACAGUUUCUGCAACUGUGUCAUUUAUAGUCUCUCCAACAGUGUCUUCCAAAGGGGACUAAAGCGCCUCUCCGGGGCCAUGUGUACUUCUUGUGCAAGUCAGGUCAUAGCUAAGGACCCUUACACAGUUAGGAGCAAAGGCCCUCUUAAUGGAUGCCAUGUCUAAAGAGGUUCAGAUAUUGGGUCAUUGUAUGUGUGUGUGGGGAGGGGGGAAAGGGGGGUCCCUUUUUUUCUCUUUGUAUCCCUUGUUCACUAGAAAGUCUGGGACAAAAUAAUUUGACUCUGAGCAAUAGGAAACAAAUAAUCCAUCCAAAAAAACCUAAGUUUGCAGAAAUGAUUUUUCUUUAAAAGUGCUUUUAAAUCAGAAGAAUCAGGACCAUGAAGAUAAAUUGCUCUUGGUUCCAAUUUUUGUAAUGCCAUGGAAAUGACUGAAAUUCUCAGAUUUAAAAUGAAUAAAGUCAUAUCUCACA